GUGAUCGAUUGGUCGAGUCUGCCCAGGUAAACGUGAGAGAUAGCUCGCCAGCGCAGGCAGUGCGGGAGUAGCUGACGACACAUCUAUUUUGAGUAAACAAGUGCUUUUUUUUAACGGAACUUUCAUAAUCGGCUUUGAGACGAAUUCAUCCUUCAAAUGAUCGUAUUUUUACUACAAAUAAUGAUGUCAUUUUCUCUUUCGCCGGAGGAACUCAGCAAACUCAGCCGCUGUUUGUGAAUAUCACCGAACGUUUCCUGACUUAUCUCAUCAGCGCCGAGCCUGAAACACCUGACGCUCCUUUGGACUGGUUUCAUUUUGUUGACGCUGAGCUCUGUUCGUCUUUAUUUAGCAUAAUGUAGAGGACGGAAAUAUUGUGAUUUGUCGUUAAAGUGCGCACACAGUAUUUUCCAGAAGCAGGGUCGCUGUCGAUUAUCAUCUGCCUUCUGUACUCUUAGUUAAUGUCGCGCGAUUGUCAGUGCGCUCAUGGCAAUGUUGCUUCAUAUGUUUGUUCUUUUUCAAUUUUUCACCUGUGGAGAUCUGGCCUUUGUGGGGCAGUUACCUUCCGAAAAUGAAGAAUCACAAGACCAAGUGUUUGUAGAUGAGGGGCACGCAAAUUCUUUCCUGGGUCGGCACCUGCUGUUUAACCGGUUUGACUUUGAAAUGUUCGUACCUGGAAACUUGGAAAGGGAGUGUAUUGAAGAAAUCUGUAAUUACGAGGAAGCAAGGGAGGUGUUUGAAAACAUCCCAGAUACAGAUAGAUUUUGGAAGGAUUACACUGCAGAAAAAGGUGGCCGCCCUUCACGUGUUGAUGUGGUAGCUCUUUUGGUGGGACUCAUUGCUGGUGGAGUGGCCAUUGUUAUCUUUGGCAUCAUAGUAUGGCUUUUGUGUCAGCGCAGAUGGAAGGGUAACUUAAGCCAUACAAGUUCCAUUAGGGUGCGCCAGAGGAGGAGUAAUGCUUCUCUAAUAGUGCGAAGGCUAGAGGAGGUCUCCCUGCACCCUGUGCCUCCCUCCGACGACCCACCCGGGCUUCCUUCCUAUGAACAAGCAAUCGCGACAAAUGGGCCGCAUGAUGCCCCUCCUCCUCCUUAUCCUGGCUCACGAACUGGGAGUACUCGGCACUAGGCUUUCAGUACGACAUGCGUGCACAUCUGUGAGAGGACAAUUAACAGCUAACACCUAAACUGUGCAAUUAUGUUGUAUCACUUUGUCAAAUAUCACAAAAUACUAACUUUCCCUGAUUAGCCUCCCCUUUUCCUCUUUUAUAUUUAUUUUUUUUUCCUGGUCUGAUUGGGGUCGUCUUUUCUUUAGCAGCAUAAUCUUAAAUAUUUUUCUUGUUCCACCUUCUUGAUAUCCUAGUGCCAAACAUUUGAUUCUUCUUUGUAAUGUAACUGCAAUCUCAUGAUGAAUAAGCUUUCUAAAAUAUUUUAUGCACUUUGCUGCUUUUUUAUCAAGAUGAAAAUGAAGGAAGAGCUGCUUUGUACACAGCAUGCAUAGUGACACUGAGAGCAAGAUCAGGAAGAUGUUUUAUUAUACAGUAUCAACUGUAAUAAAACAGACUGACUGAUUUGUGUAGUCAUGCAGCUUCUUACUGCUGUUGCUCCUUCAGAAGGAAAACCUGCAAUACUGCUUUUAUUUGUCUGAUGGUAAUGCUGACGUAACUGGAAAAUACUUUUACAAAUACUACCUGUGUAUUUAAUGCACUGGUCUUCCAGCAUACCUGUAAUAUUCACUGCAUAUUUUCAUUGUUUUUGUAAACAUAGGCAGAUCUCUUUGCUGUUUUACAAUAUGUCAAAAAACAUCUGCAUGUUUGAACUAAUGACUGUUCUCUCCAAUGUGAAUUCAUUGUUUAUUUUUUUUUUUCAUCUACACUGUGAUAAUAUUUUUUAAUGCAAUACAGAUAUGUGGAAGCACAGGCUUCACAAAAUAUUUCUAUUUAUCUAGAACAUUUAAUUAAUUUGAGUGAAAUGACAUCAGCUACUUGACUGCAGUUUUGAUAAGGAUCAUUGUAGGAGUAUUUGUGUCCCUGUAAAUUAUUGCAAGGUCUGAGGGGUUUCACAGAGCCACCUUUUCCUCUGAAUGGAAAUCAGCAUCCUUUUUUCCAGGUCUCCCUUUAAAAAAAAAAGAAAACAAAAAAAUUUAAUCUCAAGGGGCUUCCUGGUUCAAAGGUUAAAAAAAGGUUUUAUAAACAUAUUUUGAGAAUUUAUUGAUAUAGCUAUGUUAAAGCUGAUCUGAUGUAGAAGUAUUUGAAAUUGAAGUCUUUUAUAUUCCUUUUAAUUAAAAUUGCUAUUUUAAUUAA